AUGUUGCGCUACCAAAUGCUCGAUUCACCACCCUCUUUCCAAGACUCCCUCAAGGCACUUGAAGCUGACAUCCAACAUGCCAACGUGCUGGCAGCUUCUAUUCCAAGGGGCAAAGGCGGGGCUUACCUUCAAAUGAAGUUAGUUUACAAUAAAUUGGCACCCAUUUUUCUAUUUUUAUUUCAAUGGAUGGAUUGCUCAUGUUCAUGUUCAUGUCUACUUUCAAAUCAUCUGAAUCUUUUCCGGGUAGUUGUGUAUAAGGUGCACACCAAUGGGAAGUCAGAUAUUUAUUCUUGUGGAAGGAAAGCAACCAUAAGGGAUUUCUAUAGUGUUAUAUUACCAUCUCUCCAGCGGCUUCACCGGGAUUUAGUAGAUGUUGACAUUGCUCAAGAUAAAGAGCAUCGCAUCCAUAGGAAUGAGGAGGACAAGGGAAAGCCUUCUGAUUUGGACUUGGAGAGAGAAAAUGAGUGUGGCGUUUGCUUAGAAUCUUGCACCAAAAUGGUUUUGCCUGAUUGCUGCCAUGCUAUGUGUAUAAAUUGUUACAAAGACUGGAACACAAGAUCAGAAUCUUGUCCAUUUUGCCGAGGAAGUCUAAAGAGAGUAAAGUCAGGGGAUUUGUGGGUUCUAACAUGCAGUAGCGAUGUGAUUGAUAUACAAACUUUAUACAGAGAAGAUAUGUUGCGUCUCUAUGUCUUUGUAAAUAACCUGCCAGAAUAUAUCCCAGAUGCUCUUUUCGUUAUGUAUUACGAAUACCUAAUUUAA